AUGUUGCGCCCUAUGCUAUCAGCCUCCAUUCCAUUCCAUCAGCUCCCUUUUGCCCCUAAUGUUACCAGCCUCCACUCCAUCCCAUCGGCUCCUUGUGCCCCCAACGUGCCUCCCCCUAUUCCCAGAUUUCAGGGCUCGGACAAGGCCCGCAACAUGACAGCUGUGUUCCUGGGGGUGAUCAUCCUCGUGGUGGCGGCACUGCUGGCUGCUAUCGGCGUGAGCGUGACCAUCAACACGCGGAGGCUGCGAGAGAAGACGACCGCAUUGGAGAUGCUCAAGGGAAGGGCGGAGGUGGCGGAGCGUAACAAGGGUGUGUUAAUUGCCAACACGGCACAUGAGCUGCGCACCCCGAUCUAUGGCAUGGAAGGCAUGCUGAAGCAGCUGGACGAGGGGGGCCUGGACUCAGGGCAGAGGGAGGACGUGGGGGCAGCAGGGGAGGAGGCGGAGCGGAUCCUGAGGCUCGUCAACGCCGUGCUGGACGUGUGCAAGGCAGAGGCACGCUGCCUGCACCUGGAGAGCGUGCCCUUUGCCCUCCGCCCCUGGCUUCGUGACGUGCUGCACCCUCAUGUGCAGGCCGCUCAGGAGCGAGGCCUCGAACACAACACCAUCAAGUUUACGGCCAGCGGAGGCGUGUGUGUGCGGCUGCAGUGCCUUCCCCCCGACACCCACAUCCCCACCCACCUGCUCUCCCUCGGCUGCCUCCUCGCUCAACCCACACCUGGCUGCUCCUCGUCUGCCGCUGCUGCUGCUGCUACUGGUGCUGCCACUGCUGGUGCUGCCACUGCUAGUGCGGCCACUGCUGAUGAUGCCAGAGCGGCUGUGCAUCAGAACGGAGUGGGAGAGCGGCUGUUUAGGAUGGCGUUUUGGGAGCAGAUGGGGCAGCGAGGGCUGGCGAGGGCGGUGACGGGCGCAUGCAAUAAACGGGUGUUCCAGAGAAGCUUGUCUGCGCAGUGCCUUCGGUGCUACUGGCGCAUGCCCCUUGUGCAGGAGGGGGGGUCGGAGCAGGAGGAGAGCGAGGAGAGGGGGGAGAGCAAGGAGAGGGAGGAGGGGAAGGAGAGGGAAAGUGUUCAGGAACAGAGCACUAAGGCGUUCAUGCAGACCCGUGCGCAUGGAGGCAACGGCAUGAGCCUGCACUUGUGCCGACUGCUGGUGUCGCUGAUGGGGGGCAGCAUAGGGCUAAUCAGCACAGAGGGUCACGGCACCACGCUGCACGUCGCUCUGGCCAUGCCUGUUGCUGCAGCCACUGCUGCUGUUGCUGUGUAUGGCAACUCUACUUCAGCCCGCACGAAUGUUCCUGGGCCGGCGACGACUUGUGCUACUUCUUCCUCUACUGCUGCAGCCGAUGACACAGCUGUGCCAAGGGUUGUGAAGAUGAAUAGUGUGAGGGAUUGUUUGAAGGAGCUGCUGCAGGGCAAGGCGAUUUUGCCCUUCUCCUUCCCCCCCCCAACUCCGCCCCUGCGUUCUCAUCCCCACUACACCCACCCUGCAUGCGCCUCGUGCCUAGCUGCACCAGGUGGUAGACGGCAACGCUAUCAACUGCAUGCCAUCUCUGCCCUCCAUGCUCAUCCCCUCUCUCACACCCGUCCGUGUACCCCAUGUGCUGUGCAGGUGGUGGACAACAACGCCAUCAGCCGGCGGGUGGCAUGUCAUUCCGUCCUUCCGUUCUCAUCCAAUUCGGGGCUCUAUUGGACCUACCCAUGUGCUAUGCAGAUGGUGGACGACAACUCCAUCAACCGGCGACAAGAGCAUGGCAUCUCCAUGCCUCCGUUCUCAUCCCCUUUCAACCCCGCUGCAUGCCCUUGGCUCUGCCUGUGCAGGUGGUGGACGACAACGCCAUGCACCCCUCCAUGUAUCCUCUCUAUCCAGCAGGUGGUGGACGACAACGUGAUCAACCGGCGGGUGGCAGCGAGCACGCUGGCGCAGUACGGGGCGGAGGUGGCGCUGGCAGAGUCGGGCGAGGCGGCGCUGCGCCUGCUGUAG